AUGAUUGAUCCCUCAACUAUUUUGAUUGCCGCACCUGCUGCCGCUCUCGCUUCUCUGACUUCAGCCGCCAUAAGUGUAAUGGAGGCAUGGCUCUUUGGAAUCGAAUGUCACUACUUACGAUUGCAAAGACCCGCAUCCAAAGAAGCCCUUGUCACGGAGAUCACAGAGAGGGAUAAUCCAACGGAUUUGCCACAAACUCUACCAGAAACAUCUAGUCCAUUAUCUGGAAUGUCGCCGCUUACAGUUCCCUCUUUUGAUGAGCGAUUACACUAUACCUUGGCCACUACCACUUUACCACGAACUUAUGCCAAGUCUUCCGAGAUCCUCCAAAUUAGACCAUGGACAUCUUUGCUUCUUAAUGAAGGGUCUAAUUUAAAGGCCUACAAAUCAUCCAUGUGGUGGGAAUUGGAUACCCCUUCUAUACUAGGGAAUCUUGUUGGAAUAAAUGAUGCCAUACCUCUGAUCAACUCUAGUAUUCGAUCUAUGAGAUAUAUCGCUAUCUUUCCAAUAGCAACAAAUCACUUCGAAUAUCUCGCCCAAAAAUUACCAAGGUUGGAUCAUUUAUAUGUUCAAUUGGUUCCACGUAACGAUAUACUAGAAGACGAAGAACUGAAAAGCAGGAUUGAUUUUGAUGAUCUUUGGAUGGAGAGAAAUAAUUGUUAUGCUCAAUUAAUGCGAGAAAUGUUCAACGAUCCACCCGAGGCAAAUUACAGAUAUCUCAAAACUUUUGAGUCAGGAGAUGCUGCUGAUACAGAUGCUUGGCAAAUGGCAGUAGAAUUCGUAAAACGUGCUGGAGGAGGAUGGAAGAUAACAGGUGAUGGGAUAUUUGAAAAAGAUGUUGUGUCCGAAGAUAACUCGUCUAAUGCGUCGCACCCUUCACCACCAUUGUCAGUUACUUGA